AGGGUGUGGAAAACAGGGCUUCCCGUCCGCUCAGCCGUACUUAAGCCACACGCCGGGAGGUUAGUAGUUGGGUGGGUGACCACCAGCGAAUCCCUUCUGUUGUAUGUUUUUGCUUUAAUUUUAUAUUUUCAAAAACAGUCAUGGAUAAUUGGAUAUCAAUCCACUCUAGACACAUGCAAUACGCGCCGUGGCUUGUUGGGGACGCUAUGGCUGGUGUCCUCAGGUCCGGGCUAG